AUGACAAACAUCAUUGGAAUCGUCCAUCACGCAAUACUGUAAAAUGGAGUUGCACCGAUGUUUAAAAUAAUAUAAUUUAUUCGUCAUCAAAUGCAGUGAAAGAUAUUGCUACAUAUUGAACGAAAGUGAUAUAUUUUUACAUAUUCAGCGCAUCACAUUUUUAUGUCGGUUGAUAUAGAGACCUUAAUCAUAACCUACGCGGUAAACAGUAAACAGGGUCUUUUAAAUUUUGUAACAUACUUCGAAGCUGUUGAUUUUUAACACUGCUACAAAAUUUUAUCACAAUGAAUUUACCACGAUUAUUAAUAGUAAGCACUGAAAAAGGAAAAGCUAAUGAAAUUGCGACCAGUAUAGGAGCAGAAAAAUUGUCUAACCAAGAUCAGUUUGAAUAUCAUUUGUGGAACAUUCAAAAUAAAUAUUACAAAACACAGGUGUUGAUAUGUGUUACAGAAAAUCCUUCUCCAGAUAUAUCAAUCGAUGGUGUAGAAGCACUCAUUGUACAUCAUGACCCACAAGCAGAAGAUGCAGAUCAAAAUUUAAAGAAUUGGUCAUCUUUGAUUACUUCUUUGGCAGAAGCAGAAGUGCUACUGUUUUCUUGUAAUUUUAUAACAGAUGUUGUUAUUAGAGACAAAGUGAUAAAAUGGUGUCUGCAAAACAGAUUUGAGUUGAUUGAAUUAAAUAGACCUGAUGUAGAUGCUUCAGAAGCUGAUUCAGAGAAUAACAAAUAUGGUAUUGAAAGGAUCAUUGAAGCUUUACAUGCUCAUAUGUGGCCAAACAUGACGCUCAAAGGUUUUCAAUAAAAACUAUCCUUAAACNNNGUUGAAGAGCAGUUUGAAAAUAUUGAACUAAGUCAAGAUUCCACAGAAACAUUACCAGUGGAGAACAUGCUAGAUGGAAUUAUGGGUGAAGAAAAUGCAGACUUUGGUGAACUGUUUAGUCAAUUAAGGGCUAUGAAAGAACAUGCAGCGUUGUUGCCGACUAAUCAAAGACGAAUAGCAGCCGAACAAUUAGUCACCGCUUUUUGGAAAGCGAUGGGCGGUGAUCCGUCAGAAAUGGAAGAUUAAUUCGUGUAUUAACUGUACAAUGCACUCGAGCACAUAUUAGAAACGCUUUACUUUACGACGAUAUCUUUUUGAUAUAUUGGUUUUAAAAAAAAAAAAG